UCACAUUUGGUGUUAUAUACUAUAUAAAGACGAAAAUUAUUCACCUUCCUAUAGAGAUGUGGACUAAAAUUUUUAAAUAUCUCUCGACAACUGAUUUAAUAAAUUUUUGUGAAGCUUUUAACGAGUUUGAGUAUUUGCUAACAGACGAAAAUAUAGUAAAGAAGUUUGACGUGCAAGGAAACUACACGUUUGUGCAGGUCGAUUUCGUUAAAUUCAUUAAAGAAAAAGUGCAGUAUGAUCAUAUCAGGUCUUUAAACAUAAAUAAUCUUUAUUGGGUACCGAGAGAUGAUUUAAGAAAUUUACUGAGCCUUUUACCUAAAUUGGAAGAACUAUAUGCCUUGGAGACUAACUUAAGUUUACUCGCAGAAGAUAUGAAAUUUUAUGGGAAUCUUAGAGCAUUAGCAGUUUGUGUAUUAUUGGAUGACGAUAUGUAUAUUAAAAGUUCUUCAGUAGAGAAUCAUAUGUUCCUCUUGAAGAGAUUUUGUCUUAGAAUUGUCCAAGCUAAACAUAUAUUGAGCUCUGAAGAUCAUGCAAAUUUGUAUGGGAUGUUUAAAAAACUGCAUGCUUUAACAGAACUAUGGAUCGUUGGUUUAGAGGGACAUAACGGGACAUUAGAGACAUGCUAUGACCGGAUUCUCUGUAACUUAAACUCUUUAAACACAUUAGUAAUAAAAAUAAAUAUAUAUAAUGACUUUGACUUUGAACCUGUCGGUAUGGCUAAAGUUUAUGAAUGUAAUAUUUUUGGGUCUCUGUCAAGUUUUAAAGUGUAUGUAAAGUGUCCCCCAGAAAAGAUAGUUCUUUUAGAAGAUAUUUCAUUAUUGGGUCCUUGCGAGACUCGACUCGAGAAAGCAUGGAACGCACUUAGGAGACGAACUUAUAGAGAUCUGCCAUACGAUGUGAAAGCCGCUGAGAAAAUCUACAUGACUAGGAACGUGAAGGACGUGCAGUUUGAGGAAUUGAAUUUUCGUGACUGCUAUUGUAAUAUAACUGAUAUCACGGCAUUUUGGGAUUUUCUCAAAGCACCCAACUCGAGAAACCUGAAGAAACUUCGUGUAGGAUCCUGUGUAUUGCAAAGAAAACCACCUCCUAGGAAAGAUCACGUUAUAGAAAAUCUAGAAAGAAUCUACCCGUUUCAGGAUAUAGUAGAAAACUGUAGUAAACUUGAAGAACUUGUAAUAGCGAGCUGGUCCCAGGUACCGUUCAAUCCGUUGAAUAAAAAUAAAACUAAAGAAGGAUUGUAGGUAUUUAAUACACUUUUAAUAUUCGUUUAUGAAAGAGACAGAAGCGACGUCAUGGUAACCGUAUUGAGACUCUUGUCAGUUUUGUUCCACAUUUUUCGAGUUGAUACAAAGUUUGUU